AUGACCUCUCGGAGGGGCUGGGGAGCGGGGGCAGGGCAGGAAGGCUCAGAGGGGCGGGCGCGGGGGGCGCGGGGCGCGCGGGGAGCGGCGCGGGAAAGUUUGGGGGGCGGGUGCGCCUCGGCCCGGGGGCAGGCGGGCGGGCUGGAGCCGCGCGCCCGGGGGCCGGCCGGCUUUGUGUGCGGCGCGGAGGCCGGUGGCGCGGAGGCCGAGGCCGAGGCCCGGAGCUCGCGGGCCGCGCGGCGAGGCCGGCCCGGGGGCGGGCAGGGCGGCGGGGGGCGGCCGCAGCCCCGAGAGGGGCGGCUCGGCGGCGGCGGCGGCGGCGGCGGCCGGUGCGGGCCGGGGGUGGGGGCGAGGGCCGGGCGCCCCCCCCGCGCGCCCCCAGCGCCCCCGCCCCCCCGGCCUGA